AUGAAUCAUUCCUUUUCGAUGGCAUGGCAAACGUAUAUAAGUGAUCAUCUAACAGACAGAGGAUGCACACACUGUCGGAUACUUUGCUUUGAAACACAGGUCGAGACGUAUCAUGUCAUCAUCUUUGAGGUGUUCAUUAUGUCUGGCGUUGUGCGGACUGAGCUGGCUGAUGGUAGAAGCGAUUAAUCCGGCAUCACGUCUGAAAGUUCGCCCUCUUCCCGUGCCAGCGCUGACAGCUGCAGGGCUGGUGGGUCCCUGGUUUGUUCAGUCCCACCUUGCCCCGUGCAGUUGGCAAGGAUCCUCAGAGUUCACUGACUGGCAGACCAACAUUGUCCUCGGCGCACAACCAGGCAUCAAGUACAGGAACGACGUGUGGAGAAUGCACGGGACCUGCACACAUGUUCCAUUCACAAUGAUCUUCUCUAGUACUGUCUCUGGAAAGUUAGUCAUUAAAGAUCCAAUUGGUGAUGUUCUUACCGGCGAGGCAGUAGUGAUCGGGUUCGAGCCCAAUGCGUACAUUAUCAUGUGGGGCUGCACCAAACCCUCGGUGAUUCCCCAUCAGUGUGCUGACCCGUGGCUCACCAUCCUGACACGUGACCAGUUCCCGCUGCCGACCGUGUGGAACAAUAUUGACAUGUCACUGAUGCACGUGUUCGGUCUGCGACUUGCCGACAUUCCACGCGUCAAGCAUACAACAGCUCCCUGUGUGCCGAGCAUUCCACACGGAGUCAAGGGAUAAUUAUACGUGAAUAAUACAUGACGAUUCAACUCAUUUUAUUUGUAAAAAUUGUUAUUCGUUUGACAACAUAAAGUAAGUUACUCAUGUUUUUCUAUUUAUUUAUUGUGUCUGUCGUUAAGAAUAAAGCAUAUGUUCCAGUA